AUGUCUGGGGUUUGGGUAUUUAAGAACGGGGUGGUGAGGCUGGUAGAGAACCCUGGAGGUGAAGGGGGUGAGAAUAGCGGAAGGAGAAAAGUGCUUGUUCACACCCCAACCAAUGAAGUUAUCACUUCCUAUUCUAUGCUGGAACGAAAACUAAGCUCUCUAGGUUGGGAACGCUACUACGAUGACCCUGAUCAUCUGCUUCAGUUCCACAAACGCUCCACCGUGUACCUUAUUUCUCUUCCAAAGGAUUUCAACAAGCUCAAGCCCAUGCACAUGUAUGACAUUGUUGUUAAGAACAAGAACUAUUUUCAUGUUAGAGACAUGUAG